UCAAUCACUCUUCUUUGUCUACUUUCUCCAUCAGUUACACAACAACCCCACAGCCUUGCCAACGGCCUUCCUUCUUCUGGCAAUGGGUCCUCCUUUCUUCCUACUUAAACCCUAACCCUCAUGCUAUAAAGGUAUCAUCUUUAACCUCUCUCCUUCCAUUAACGCUCUGCAACCAACUCUCCCCUGUCAGUCUGCAUGGCUCCCCCUCUCCCCUUCUUCUCCAUCAUCUUCUUCCUCCUGUUCUCUUGCGCAAACUCUCAGCCUUCUCCUGGAUAUUAUCCAAGCGCUCACUUCAGUCCUCUUAGAUUCUAUGAAGGAUAUAAUUGCUUAUGGGAGCAGCAGCAUCAAACAGUCUCUCAGGAUCAAUCCUCUGUCACAAUCUGGCUAGAUAAAUCUUCAGGAAGUGGAUUCAAGUCAAAAACUGCAUAUUUAAGCGGCUAUUUUGCUGCUUCAGUAAAGCUCCAGAGUGGAUACACAGCUGGAGUGAACACAGCAUUCUAUCUUUCAAAUAAUGAAGCCCACCCUGGAUAUCAUGAUGAGGUGGACAUUGAAUUUCUGGGGACUAUUCCUGGCAAACCCUACACUUUGCAGACAAAUGUUUAUGUGAUGGGGAGUGGAGACGGCAGAAUUAUUGGGAGAGAGAUGAGAUUUCACCUCUGGUUUGAUCCGACGGCUGAUUUUCACAAUUAUGCAAUACUUUGGAACCCUGAAGAGAUUAUUUUCUUCGUCGACGAUAUACCGAUACGACGAUACACAAGCAAUAACGAUGCGACGUUUCCUCGCCGUCCGAUGUGGGUUUAUGGGUCGAUAUGGGACGCAUCAUCAUGGGCGACAGAGAACGGAAAAUACAGAGUAGAUUACAAUUACCAACCCUUCAUCGCUCGAAUGACCAAGUUUCUCAUCGGCGGCUGCUCGGCCUACGCCUCCGGAAACUGCCGGCCGCCGCCAACUUCUCCGGCGGGUCUUGGACUCAGCAGCAUGCAGUACAUGUCCAUGAGAUGGGCUCAGCAGAACUACAUGGUUUAUGAUUAUUGCAGGGAUUCUUCAAGGGAUCAUUCGCUCACCCCAGAGUGUUAGGAAGAUUUACAUAUAUGCCACUAAAUUUUGAUUUAUUUACUUAUCUAGCCAGCACCAAAACU